CUUCCCCUACCUUUAUAUUUUAUUUCUAUUUCUAUUUUUGCUAUCUCUUGUCACAAAGUGUGUGUACGUAGUGUACCCGUGUUUGUCUGUGUACUUGUAUAUAUUUAUAUAUACAAAUAUAUCUGUGUGCCUGUCUGUCUGUGUGCCCAACUUGCUUUAAUCAAUCAAACAAAAUUUCAAGCCAAGCUUUAAACAAAUAACGAAUAUCAAUAACAAUAAAACACAAUACAAUAAAAAUAAACAUAUAAAGCCAUGGAUGACAUGUAUCAGUAUGCUGCGUCUGCAGUCAACGAAAACAAAGAAGUUGCUUCAAAGAAUGUACCUGAAGAAGAAGAUGUCAUUCUCAAGGCAUUCACAAACUUUGGAUGGGGACAACGAUUCAAUAGUCUUGUUGACACUGUAAAGAAACAGAGUGAAGCUCUUGUAGAGGUCACCAAGAAAGACUUGCAAGAAUUUGCUCAAGUUUUACGCGAAGAUCUUGUCGAUGACGCUAGUGAUGACGAAAGAGACCAAAAAAAUAAAGACGAAGAAGAAGAAUCUGAUGAUCAGUCCAACCUAAACGAAUCCUCUUCGACAAUCCAACCAUCUGAAUCCAAAGGCAAACAAAGAGCCAUCUCUUCUACAACCACCACAGAUAAUACCACUAUUGAACCAAACACCGUUGAUACUACAGCAACAGAAACAACAACAACGUAUGCACCUCUGCAAUCCCUUCGAGACAAUCUCAGCAAAAUAAACACUGUCAAUUUAGAGUCACUUAAAGAUGGUUUAACAAAUUAUAUUCACACUUUACCUGCUCAAUUGCCCCCGAUCAAGUUACCUGACAAUAUUGACUUGACUACCCUGAGAGAGGAAGCCAGCCAAGGCACACGUUUUGCUGAACAAUAUAUUCAAAAGUUUGGUGCCGAAGUAAUUCAGAUCCUCGGCAAGGCUGUCACGGUUAUUGAACCAACCGAAAGAGAAAUUAAAGACCAGGAUUCUGCAAGAAUGGAAGAAAGUGAGCAAAAGAGCCCAGAAGGUGCUCGUGUAUGGGCUACUCGUAAGGAAGCUUUGUUGGCUGCUCUGAGAACAGACCCAGACAAUUUCCUCAAAGAUCCUGCGGAGAGACUGGAAACAGAAACAGAAAGAGAGAACGAAAAGAGAGUCGUGGAUACUUUUAACGCUGGAUUCAACGCAACGGAAUAUACUGAUGAAAUUUCCCGUCUCUUGGAAGAACACAGUGAUUUGAGAGAUAUGAUGGAUAAGCUGGUGCCUGUACAAGUAAGCUAUGCUUUGUUCUGGCAAAGAUAUUUUUAUCAUGCUUGGAAGAUUGACCAAGACGAACAGAAGCGUCAAUGGAUCGUUAAAGAGGCUAGUGUUCAAGACAACCAGGAUACUGAGUUCAAGUGGGAUUAUUCCGACGAUGAAGAUAACGAAAAGUCCUCGGUGGAUCCCAAAAAGGACAAGGGAUCGGAUACUGAUUACAGUACCAUUUCUGCUCCUCAUUCUACAGAACCCAGUCUGAUGUCUCCUCCACUCAAGGCCAACAGUGCCACUGAUGCUGAAGAAUGGGUCAAACCAGAUAAUCAGAAGAAAGAAGAGAGUGACAGUGACAGUGAUUGGGAAUAGCAGCAGCAGCAGCAAUAAUAAUAAUCAUAAUCAUAAUAAUAAUCGUAGUAGUGGUAGUAAAUAAUAACAAUAAAGGGAAUAUAUAUAUAUAUACACAGGUGUGUAUUUGUGUAAAAUAGCUGAUGUCAUCUUGGUCUUUACUGUAUUUUUCACCGUCAUUCACUUCACACACACACACUCAAUAUAAUUAUAUAUACUUAUUGCAUU